CUGCUUUGUGCAACACGAACGCAUCAACACACUGUGUUCGUAGCCACUGCGCGGCGCGACCCUCGCUGACGCUCUCGGCACCGCAGCGCGCCAUGCAUCCGUGGCCACCGGUCUACAAAAUGUAACCACUUCUACGAGCGAGUGAUGGUUCCUGUUCGGAAACCUGGACGACCCCUCAGCACCUGUCCCUGCCCUCCCGGACGACCAUGCGCCUGCGGCGGCGUACGAGUCGCGAUUCCAAAGAAGCAGAAGUGUGGAUGUGGCGCUGAAGCCGUGGGUGAGCCUGAGGAGCGCAACAAAGGGUACUCUCCGGCUGAGACCCCGACGUCGCCGUCGCGGCCAUCGUUCCGAGUGUCCAAGUCGAAUGGCUCAAGGGCGAGCAGCAGGAAGCAGUCCUUCGACCCCGCCAACCUCGAGAGGAUGGAUCCGAGAUCGAUCAACCUAAUCACGGCGCCGACCAGCAGCGGAAUCGCGAACGGCAUGGAAAUGGCGGGUGGUGCAAACUUCCAAGCCCCCCACACGGAUUUCGCCGCUUUCAGCCCUGGCCUAGGAGCCAUCCCGGCUGGAUCCGGCGGCACUUAUGGGCCUCCGCAGAACCCCAGCUACCGGCCGCCGUUACCGUACAAUCUGGGGUUUCAGUACUCCCCGCCGAACCAGCUUCCGCAUGGACUUAAGAUGGAGGAUGGCGGUUUGUUCUCGGCUUCGAAUGGGAGCUUCGGUGCGGCGAUGCCGCCGCCGCCUUUCAUCAAUGGUAAUCAUACAUCGACGGCUAUCGGCAACCAACAACAGCCGGCAGUACCGAAUCAGGCGACGCUGCGACAGACCAACGGUGCCGCGCAAGGGGGCUCGUGUUGUUGUGGCAGCAAAACGCAAGAAGGACCUUCGGUUCCAGCUCCGAAUAAGGUCUCGGUAUCCACGCAGGGAUACGGGCAGUCAUACCUGCCGCAGCUAUCUGGAGAAAGUAAUAGCAAUGGUAGCAGCAACGGAAACGGCGGCGGCGGUAGCAGCUGCUGUAGCAGCAAAGCACAGGAACCGCUGCCGAACACCAGCAACAACCUGCCAACUUCCCAACAAGGAUUUGGUCAAACGUUUCUACCACCGUUCCAAUUUCCAACCGUGUUCACAUACCCCGGCGACUACGGUUCUUGGCAGCACCCGAUCGACCCUGUGAUAUGGCAGCAGGUGGCAUCACAGACCGGCAUGCCGCCGAACCCGGCGAUUGCCCCCGCGGCCAAUGAGGACACGGCCGGCAACGCCGGCACAAGCCACGAGUGCGGAUGCGGCGAAGGAUGCCAAUGCGUCGGCUGUCUGGCCCACCCGUUCAACGCCCAGAUGUUCCAGUACGUUAACAACGCCUACAGCGACAGCAACGGCAGCAGCCCCAGAUCCGUGGACGCGAAUGGGGCCGGGCAACAACAGGCGCCGUCUGCGGCGGGAGCGGCGGGCGGACAGGACUCGCCCGUGGAAGCGCCCACGCCGGCGGCCAGCGAAGGGUCGCCUCGCGGCGAGGAGCAGUCGCUGUCCACGAUGGACUACUUCUUUGUCAACCUGCCUAUUUCAGGUCUCUGCGGGGGCAGUAUGGAGUCGUGCCUGUGCGGCGACAGCUGUGACUGUCCUGGAUGUCUGGUUCACAACGUACCUGUCCGCCAGGGGUAGGCGGGUACUUUCUGGCGUCUGCGCGGGCGCGCGCGCGUGUUUGUCGAUGAUAAUGGAGUAGAAGGGCGCAUUGCGAAGACGAUACAUUUCUUACGGAUUCCAGGUGCGGGUGAAGGAAAGGGUAUGGCCGGAUGGAGGUGUGCUAUCAUCAGAAGUCUGAUGGGUUGCAAAAGAUUAUGGCUACUAUUCCUUGGGCGGCUGCUUGUCGAACCUCAGAUGCGCAUUUGAGCAUGAGAUACCCAUGGAUUGCAAUGGAUUGCAUGGCGAUGGUUAGCGUUAUUGCCCUUCACAGGGCAGUGUUGCCGGGCUUGCUGGGGCGGCGACGUGUGUUUGGCAGCAAAGUCUACAGAAUAGCCCUUUAAGAUUAACCAAGCUCCAUGAUUGACGAGAGUCUGCUCGAGUGGCUGCUGAUAUUGAGGUUGUGCGCGAUCGCCAGGCACUUCUUUGUGAAGGACUUGGCAUGUUGGUGGUUCAGGUGUGGGAGCCUCGGCGUCCUCGGCGUCCUCGGCAUGCCUGAAACGGAGGCGGAACGGAGGCUAAAACGGACGCAUUCCUUGUCGUUUCGCGCUAACAGCGCACGGUGCUUGG